AUGCAAACUCAUCCACCAGAAGAUGUCGCCGUAACCAGAGUUCCUAGUAGAAGGGAUGAGUAUAGUAAUCGAGAUAAUAUAAAUAGUGCCGUUGGACAUAGCUUAGCUAAUGUAAAUGAUGUGCUUAAUUUAUCUGCAUCACAAAAUGACAGCGAUUUAAGUAUGCCCGAUAUUGGAGGGCCACUGGAAUCUAUAAAUGAGGAAAGUUAA